AUGGAUGGCGGGAUCAGUGAUGAGAACCGCAAGGUUUUCAUCUGGGUUGCUGAGCUUCUAGAUCCAAACCGCAGAGAAGCUGCCCUCAUGGAACUAAGUAAAAAGCGAGAGCAAGUUCCUGAGUUGGCGCUUGUCAUUUGGCAUUCGUUUGGCGUUAUGACUGCCUUGCUUCAGGAAAUCAUUUCUGUAUACCCCUUAUUGAACCCCUCUCAGUUAACCGCCGCGGCUUCAAAUCGAGUCUGCAACGCACUGGCUCUGUUGCAAUGUGUCGCCUCCCACAAUGAGACCCGCACACUAUUUCUGAAUGCUCAUAUCCCACUUUUUCUUUAUCCCUUCCUGAAUACGACCUCCAAAUCUCGCCCGUUCGAAUACCUUCGCCUCACCUCUCUUGGUGUGAUCGGAGCGUUGGUCAAGAAUGACUCUUCUGAUGUCAUCAACUUCCUUCUCACAACCGAGAUUAUCCCCCUCUGCCUCCGUAUCAUGGAAACCGGUUCGGAGCUGAGCAAAACAGUUGCUAUCUUUAUCGUUCAAAAAAUCCUGCUUGAUGAUAUUGGUCUUGCAUAUAUUUGUGCGACAUACGAGAGAUUCUAUGCUGUGGGGACUGUUCUGAGCAACAUGGUCACCCAGCUCGUGGAGCAGCAGACCGUAAGGCUUCUGAAGCACGUUGUGCGCUGUUUCCUUCGCCUGAGUGAUAACAGCAGAGCGCGUGAGGCCUUGCGCCAAUGCCUUCCCGAGCCUUUGCGAGACGCCACCUUCUCCUCCGUCCUCCGCGAUGAUGCAGCUACGAAACGUUGUCUCGCACAGCUUCUUAUCAAUCUUUCCGAUAAUGUCUCCGAUGGCGCUCCGGGUGUUGCUAUGUAA